GCCCAGGUCUUUUCGAAAGGAGCUCGGUGACGUCUUAUAGGCGUGAAGAUUGGCGCGGCAAGCGAUCGUCCUUGCUCGCGCUCCGUCAUGUCGGGGAAGGCAGAAGUGUUAGCACUGCUGAAGCUGGUUAAUCAGGCUACGAACGAUGCGCUCGCUGCGUACGAGGCCAGCGGAGAGGACGUCCCCUCGCUGACGUCCCUGGAUACGAAGUCCCUCUCAUCCAUGUCGGACAACCUCGCGCUAAAGAAGGCCGUACGUUUGCUAGAGGGCGCUUCUGAUCAGCUAUGCGCGACACUUGCCCCUCCUGCGAACACUGUCAUCAAUCGAGUGGUGCCGUAUGACUGGGCAUGUAUGCGCGUCGCCAUACACGUUCGUGUUGCGGACGUGCUGUCCGAGCACCCGGAUGGUCUUCAUGUGGAUGAACUUGGGCCAAAAGUGAACAUCGAGAAAGGCAAGCUCGCGCGCAUCCUUCGUCUCCUUGCAACUAGGCACUGCUUCCGAGAAGUGCGCCCGAAUGUCUUCGUCAACAAUCGCCUUUCAUUGGUGCUGAGGUCGGACAAUCCGCUCAGCGACCUUGCGGAUGUACAUCUCCACGAGGUGUACAAAGCUGCGUUGGUCCUGCACGAGAACCUCAGUGAUCCCGUCCGCGGACCAUCGUACAAGGCAACAGAGUCUGCGAUGAUGCAGUCGGUGCAAGGAGACGGAAAGAUCACGUUCUUCGACUACCUGAAGGCCAAUCCAGGAAGGCGAGAGACCUUCGCUAGAGCGAUGUUCGGAAUGGGUUCGGUGAUGGGUACUCUCGCUGCACUUGAAGGCACGUCCGGAUCGCUAUUCCCUUGGGCGGACUACAAGACAAUCUGCGAUGUGGCGUCUGGCGUAGGACCAUUUUCCACAGCCCUCGUGCGGCAGGUCCCAGGAGUCAAGGUUAUUCUCUGCGAUCUACCGGAGGUCAUCGGGCAGGCGAAAGACCUUUGGAGCAAGGACCAUCACGAUAUCAUUGAGGCACAAAGAGUCGAAUUCGUCCCUUUCAACUUCUUCGAAGGCUCGCCGCCGACCGGUCUAGACAUAUACUACCUGCGCAAUAUCAUACAUAACUGGCCAGAUGCAGAGGCCGAGACAAUUCUGAGAAAUGUCCAGAAGGCAAUGCGUCCCGGCAGCCGCUUGCUCGUUCAUGACUAUGUGGUGCAGUACGCUAGUCGCAUAGAAGGCGACAUAUCUGAUCUGCAGGAAAUGGCCCCGGAGCCUCUAUUGCCCAAUUUCGGCGCCGGAAGUCUGCGUAUGUAUGGUCAAGACUUGACGAUGUUGUUGACAUACAAUGCGAAGGAACGCACUGUACGAGAUCUAGCUGAUUUAAGUAACCGGGCAGGACUGCGAGUCGUGAAAGUCUGGGAUAUCGCAGAGACAGACAUAGUAGAGUUGCAGUUAAUGACUGGUGAUUGAUGGCACCAUUGUAUGCAGUAGUGAGGACGUUAUAACCAAUCCGGC